AUGCCUGGAAAAGGUCCAAAGAAUUUUCCUUGUCUACUGUGUAGAAAGAGGACAAAACAGCAUGAGAGAAGAAAAAUAACCAAGUCUGAGCGUAGAUAUCUUGAAAAAAACUUUUUUGUAACUGUCAACAACGAGGACACAUUGUGUAAUAAAUGUAGACAUAAAUACUACGCAUGUACUCCUGGUAAGGAAGAGCAAGCAAAUCAAAAGCAACAAAACAAUACUCCUGACAACAAAGAUGAUUCUGAUUACUUUCCUACUCCAAAGCGCCCCAAGUCUAGAGCCAUAGCCAGUCCACCAUCAGUUACUCUGGCCAUACCAUCAACGUUUAAGAGCCAUUCGUCCUGCUUUCUGUGCAAACGCCGAGGGCCAAAACUUGUUGUCGUUUCAUCAAAAGCUCGAUAUGAUGUCUUCAUGAAGCAUGAAAUCAUUAUUCCAGCUGGAAGUCGAUGCUGUCCAAACCACUUAUAUGAGGACAAUUUUGUUUCCGAUUUGACCAUUGUCGACACCAAAGAGAACACCUCUGUUAAUAGGACCACUAUUCUGGAUUUACUCAAACGCCUGAGGAGUGCAGCAUUGCAGAGUAAAACGUCGCGGAUUAAUUUCGAUUGCUCUUCCACACUUACAGAAAGUGAUUACUUAAACUUAACAGGGGUAUGUAAAAACACAUUCGAUGACCUUCAUUCCUACAUUGAAGAAAAGGUCAGAAACACACCUGCAAGAAGUUCAAGAACAUCUCUAGGAAUUUUCUUGUUCAAAUUGAAGUCAGGAAUUUCCAACAAUGUGUUAUCCACUAUUCUUAACAUUUCAAAGUCCAGUUUACGGAGAGAAAAGCAAAAACUUUCACUUUCAAAGACGAUCGUAUAG